AUGGCUAUUAAUUUUGAGGUUUCGCUCUAUCGAUUUAACGUGUUCAUUCUCUCUCUUAUUGUUACGUUCAUGUUUAUUGCAAACAUCUUUGUGUCAUCUUUUCAAUUUCGAGUUGGUGGUGAAAUGGGUUGGAUUAAACCGAUUGGUAACGAAUCCGAGACGUAUAACGAAUGGGCCGCUCGAAAUCGUUUUCAUGUUGGAGAUACCCUUUAUUUCAAGUACAAAGGUGACUCAGUACUUGAAGUAACACCGGCUAAUUAUCUCAACUGCAACACAACAAGCCCAAUUUCUAAAUUUGAAAAUGGAGAGACAGUUUACAAAAUUAGCCAUUCUGGCUUCUUCUAUUUCAUAAGUGGCCAGAAAAAUAAUUGCAAAUUUGGCCAGAGAAUCAUUCUUCGUGUAAUGCAUCCGUCUGAAAUUUCAUCACCAGCGUCUGCACCGGAUAUUUCACCGGCGCCGGGUGUUGGUGGUGGUGACGAUGGCGGAGAUGGAUGGGGUUCAGACUUUUUGGGCCCACAGGUGAUUAAUUCUACCACGGCACUGUCAGUUUUUUCGUAUUUUGUUACUGUUCUUGGGGGUGUUAUGGUCUUUCUUUAUUUUCUCAUGUAG